AUGCGGUCGGCAAGAGAGCUAGAGCACCAAAACCGGCCCCCACCUCUCAUUUUCAAAACUGCCUGCGGCCAGGUUGUGUGCUGCGCCGCCGCGAGCCAGUUGUUGUUCCUCGGCAGCCGGCAUAACACUGGAACGCUGAAGCCAGAGGAGCACCCCCAGAAGGGGGAAAUGAGAGGCACAAAGAACCAGAUGACUUGCGGCCGCAAAGGGAUCAGAGCCCCCUUUAUCUUCUCUCCGCCAUUUCUCCGCAUAGUUAGUCUCUCCCAAAAACGAUUCGUCAUCUCAAUGACUGUGGGUGAGGUUGGGGGCGGGGCAAAAGGCUGA